AGUUUCCUGGGUCCCUCCCUCGCCCCUCUCGCGGGUGCUCCUCCCAACCCAAAUCACAGCGCUCCAGACAGUACCCAUUGACACCUAUCAACUCUAAUUCGGAAAACGCUGCUAUUUUAACCUAGCAUACUCAUAGUUCAGCAGGUGAUUAUCAACAACUUGCAAGUUAACUUUAGGCAUAUACUCGGUAAGUUAGUGUACUUUUAAAAGUGUCUUUUUGACAUAAGGAAAUAAGUUGUGCCGCAGCAGAAUAAAGGAGGCUAUCCUUUUCAGUAUCAGGCAGCAACUUUACCAAACUAUCUGACUUUGUGUUCAGCUUUUGAGGAGUCUCUCCAUCGUUUGACUUUAUUCACCAUGCAACAACGGUUUCCACAUAGGAUGUACCCCGAAAGGAAGGUAUUUUGGUGACUUAGUUUGAGAACGUUUGAACGGGAAUAUUGCGUCAGUAAAGGUGAUUCUACUCUGCGUUAACCGGGGCCACUAGUCUACCUGUCACGGAAUUCUUUCAACCAACCACUCCCACCCGGUCCCCUCGUGCUGUCUUUCCGUGGGUCGCCUGCCUCGCCCGCUAACCGUGAUGACGUGCGGUUGGAGUCCGGGAGCUGUCACGGUUUGGAGAACUACCGUUUUCCUGCUCAACAUCGCGUGCACAGCUUCGGCCAAGAGACACGUCGUCUACUGGAACUCCACCAACACUAGAUUGACGGGAGGGGAUCUGUCCAUCCAGGUGAAUCUCAAUGACUACCUGGAUAUCUACUGCCCCCACUACCCUCACCUGUCUCCCCCCAGUGAGGAGGCCUACCCCCAGGCCCCACCAGACAGCCUGGCCCUGUACCUGGUGGCUGAGGGGGGGUUCAAGGGCUGUGUGGAGACCCAGGGGGCCAUCAAGAGGUGGGAGUGUAACAUCCCCCGUGCCCCCUUCGGCCCUGUCCGCUUCUCAGAGAAGAUCCAGCGCUUCACCCCCUUCUCUCUGGGCUUCGAGUUCCUCCCCGGACACCACUACUACUACAGCUCAUUGCCUACAGGGGAAAGCUCCCCGCUGCCCUGCAUGAAGCUGCGAGUCACAGUGUGCUGUGAGCCCACAACCGUAGGGUCCAAGCAAAACAAGCAGGAACAAGGUACUCCAGCUCUUCACAGUGAUGUGUGUUCAAUGAGGACAGUUCCUCUUUCUCUCCUCCUCCUCCUCAUCCCACUCUUGAACUUCCUCUCUAUGUAACAUCCCUCUAUUCAAGCUGACCUCCUGAGUAUCUACCAUGCCCACUGUAGAUGGCCUGCCUCACCCACUCAGUCCCUACUUUAAACUAUCCACACCUCAUAGGGAGGCCAAGUCUUCAUUUCAGACCCUCAAAUGACUGCAAUAGGGUAGACUUCAACACUACACACAUUCCAACACAUCACCUCUGUCUUUUCUGGGGUGGCACUAAUCUUUCUCUUCUUGGCCUCCUCUUUUCUCUCUCUGUCCACUCUCUCCUCUCGUUCCCCCUCUUCCAUCCCUCGCUCCUGACUAAGCUCCCUCUGAAACAGACUGGCACUAAUCUACCAUCAAAGCUCUCAUUCUUCAUUUCCCACCUUUAUCCACUCCAUCCUGUAGACUCCAUCUGUGUCGUCUCUCUCUUCCUCUCUUCCUCUCUUCCUCUCUCUCUGUCUCUGUCUCUCUCUCUCUUCCUCUCUCUCUCUCUCUCUCUCUCUCUCUCUGUCUCUGUGUGUGUGAACGUAAUGUGCCAGCUGAGCCAAAGUGGAUCAUCCAGACGUUGUUCUGUUAAAUUACUACGGAGAGGACCAGACUUGGAGUUGACUGGCUGUCAGAGUUGACUGCUUCUGAACAGAACCAUGUUUUUGAGUUGACGUCAUUGGAUUUGAAAGUCAUUGUUUUUUAGAUGAAAAACUAUUUUUUUUUUGUAUCCAAAGUGGGACCAACUGUUAAACACAGUAACACCAAAUGUUGACCAAACUUUAUUAAAAAAGUUAACCAGUGACGACACUGCCUAAACCAGGAUAUGCUGUGUGAGUGGGACCCUGGGAAUGAUGAACUGGAAUAUUGUAACUGGUCUGCUACGCCCUCUACUGGGAUCAUACUGGUUAGACUGGUCCAACUGGGCUGUAACACCUGACCAUAUCUGGAAUUAACUGGACUGUGUCUGGUGGUUUACCUUUGUCUUAAAAGGCAAUCAAAAGGAAUUGUGGGAAACACACUGAGGGUACUUCCUCACUUCACCUCACACGCACCGAACCACAUCGGCUGAUUGACAGAUGCUCCUCACCAACCAGGUGUGCAGGUACAGUAUUUAGACUGUCUGCUGAGCACUUAACCAGGCGAGGACCUCUACCAAUGAGAAGAGGCCUAAAGCUGGUGUUUGUUUGAAUAGAGGUUUUUGUUUUAGUGCAGUAAAGAUUCUGCUUUAGGUGUUUCAGUUAAAUAUUGAUGUUUUGUAGAGGUCCUGUAAUGUUGGCAUCCAUUUUGAUUAUUUGAAACAUCCUGAAAAAAUCUACAUUUUUACAUGGCUGAACUUUUUUUAUACAAAUGUUUACAGGUGUAGAUUAACUCCAAUUGUUGUUUAUAGUGCUAUCAAGAAUAACUAAAGCACUUUAGUACAGGUUACCCCCGUAUUUUUCUUUAAGUUAGAAAACAUACAUUUUUUCAUUAAACAAAUAGCAUUAAAAAAUGCAAUUGUAUUAUCAAAGCAAUUUAAAUGAAUACAUUUCAUUUUGAUUGUCAUAUCUUUUUUCUGUUGGUUAGAUAUGAUUUCAUGUUCCAUUCACAGAAGUAAUAUAUCACUAAAUUGCAUUUACAGUAGAAGCAUGUUACAAAUAUCACAAACCUAACAAAUAUACAUGUUUUAUUUUCAAAAGUGAGAGAUUUAACUGAAAUUAUUCUUAUUCAUUUAAUCCCACAAAAACGAGUGUAUAUUUAAUUCAAUUCAUAAUUCUGAUAAAUUGCUUAUCUUAAUCCAAUAUAAUUAAUCAUUAUUAAAUACAGGCUAUUCGGGGAUGCAGUUUUUCCCACAUUCUGAUGUCUUUGGUAACAGCAUUUAGAAAACAAUGUUUUCUUUCCGAAAUAAAUAUGUUGACUCAUAGUUAUGCCUGUAAGCACUUACUCAGAGAGAUGAGUCUGUAGUAUUACUUUACACACACAUUUGGAUAACAAUAUGCUUCAAUGACAGUUCAAUAUUUUGUUCUAGUCUACGCAGGUUAUUCAGGAAUGUAAUGAUUAUUCCAGGGGUUUAAACACUGAUGUCUGGAACCUUGUUGUAUAAAGCUGGAGCUCCCAGAUGUAGUUUUUUUUGUUUUCACAUUUUAGUGAAGUAUGAAACAUCUUCUAUGAAGAGCGAACUGCAAACAGCCCUUUUAUACAAGGUGAGAUGACAAAAUAAAGAUGAUUGCAAUAA